UACAAAACGGCAACCAAAUGUUGGUAACCUUUCACAGAAUAAUCAAGUUUGUGCGUAAAUUUGUUAAGAACUUCAGAGGCACAAGAAUGGCUUAUAGCUUUUUGGAAGUGAUGAUAUGAGAUUUAUUAUAAAAUUUGGCAAGCUGUUGCACUAGAAAUAUUAUCAAUUACUGUCAUUUGCUUUUUAGUUCUUACGAACUUGGUUAGGGAUAUGCUCUGGUUUACGUAAUUUUUCCCUUGAGUUAAAAGUCAUAUAUAUUAUAUACUUAGGCAUAGCUCUCUUUUCUGCAUGAACAUUUAUAUUUCGACUUGUUAUGAAAUAAGCUGGAAAUUGACUGGCACUGCUUAAAUUAUCCAGAAGCAUUCUAUUCUUCUUAAUUAUACAUGCAGCCCUGGUGCAUGGUCUUGAUUGUUCUACCGGAAACAACUAUUAAGAUUUAGGAGCUGAGUUGUUAAAUCAAAUUUUGAUGGGAAAUUCGUAUAAAGCCAGUCACAAUUUCUGUUAGGAGAAUAUUGACACGGUACUAACAUACUUAAUGGGUUUACUAGUUACCUGCAAUAUCUGCAGACACUUUAAUUUUCAACUGUGGCAUAGGUUUAGUUUUUAAGGAGCAUAAAAAAUUUGCUGUUCCAUUAUCCGAGAGGACUGGUACAAAAUAAAGUUCCUGUAUCAAUGGCUGUUUGGAUCCUGUAGUAACUCCAACAAACCACCAAUCAAUCUCCCAUGGGAACUGAACAUGUGAUCUCUUAUAAAACAAUAAGCUAUCUCAUGAAUCCCAAAUCUUUAUUUUUGAACCAAAAACUGUAGGUGAGGCCCUGACAGUAAUUUUUUAUUGAAGGCGGCAUGAAAAAACACAAAGGGGUAGUUAGAAGAAGAGGGGAGAAUGUACAAAGGGAAGGGGAAUAUACAAGAGGGGGCUAUACGGAGAGCUAUACAAGGGAGUCAAGAAUCCCAAAUCUAAUUAUUCCACUUCAUUAUACACUAGAUCUUGCCAAUCUAUUUUUAUUGCAUGAAACUUGUACUAUUAAAGCAGCUGUUCUAAUACAGUUUCUAGCAAUGAGACGACUGUACAAUAUGUCCACUUCUGCCAUCAUAUGCUCAAAGUGGAUAGGUACCAGGGACAGGUAUUUUUUUGUGUUAAAUUAUUAGACCACAGACCACAGUUGAAUAGUACAUCCCAUCUGCAUGACAUUCUUCUCUGUCCAUCUGAAACCAUAUACCAUCACUGAUUAAUCGAGUAGAAAUAUCAAGGAAGAGUUAUGUGCUCCUAUCCUUUUGACCUAAUAAUGGCUCCUUUUCCCUGUGUUACAGAAAGACAAAGAGGCAUAUAUUGGUGUGUGUUUUCAAUUAGAUAUUUGAAUACCUUUGUUACAGUGGGGAGGUCGUCGACACAAAUUGUUAGUUACUAGCUUUUCCUUGUACUUGCUAUAUUCACUAUUCAGGGCAAAUAUCCUCUGCUACUAAGCAUCAUUGUUUUAAGUGAUGUUGCAAAUUGUAUGUAGUUUGUACAGCCAAUUAAUUGGCUGCAAAUUGGUGGACAGCACCUUUGUUCAAAACAUUCCUUAAGUUUGUAACAUCAACAAGGAUGUUGCAUGCUUCUAUCCUGGCACAAAUGGCCUUGUGAUAUUUUUUUAGGUACAACUAGUUAUGGUUAGUAUGCACUCUAGGCCUCCUGACCACUAGCUUUGCCUGCGCUUACCCCUCUUCUUGUGACCUUUUUGCUUCUUUGUAGAGCUGUGUGUGUAGGCUUGUUGCUUUGCUUGUCUGGUUUUGUUAGCCUAGGUUGCUUUGUAUAUUGUGGUUUAAUUGGCCUGGUAAUUUUUGCAUCUUCUCAGUGUGCUUCUUCCAAUACAAAACAACACACAUAUUGAUGUGAGUUUGAGAAAAAAGUUGUCGUAAGUACCAAAUGCACCCUUAGAGCAUGGUUUCAAGUUUCAACAUAGAAAAAAGGCAAGAAUAAAUGAUAUCUAUUAAGAUUGUGGGAUGAAAUGAAAUGACAAAGGUCUAGUCUCCCAGCAAAUCUGAGUGAUUGUAAUUCCUCCCUACAAAUUUAAUACACACUAGAUUAGUGUGAUGAGUUGGUGAAAUUUCUCGUGGCUCCCUCCUACAUAGGCUUGUCAACUCAUUGCCUACUGCUAACACAAAUCACCACCCACUCAAUACUGGGUAUUGCUGGCUUCCCCCUCUUUAUAAAUAGCACAUCUACGCUCACUCUUUGUUCCACAGAAACACGAGCAGCCACAAGUAGUGCUCACCACUAGUCCCCUGACCUUUCUUGGAAAAUUUCUCCCUGCUGGGGAAACAGUAAAAAGGGAGGAGAAAAGGAAAAAUAGAGAGAUAAUGAGUUCAUCGUGGACUGCAAAACAGAACAAGAUCUUUGAGACGGCACUAGCGACGUAUGACGAGGACACGCCAGACCGCUGGCAGAAGGUGGCACGAGCAGUCGGUGAUGGGAAGUCAGUCGAUGAAGUGAAGAGGCACUAUGAAGAGCUGCUGAAGGACCUGCAUCACAUUGAGUAUGCAGGAGGCCGUCGCGGAUCCCUCUACAACAUCUCCGGCGCUAGCAGUAGCAACAGUAACUCCUGGGGCAGUGCCAAUGAGGACCACAGGAGAAGGUACCUCAAUCCUCAGUGAACGCGAUCUUGGAGGAGCUGAUCCGAAGCCUAUUGCCACGGCGCUGCUCUUACCAGCAAAACCGAAACAAAUAACCGAGUCUCCCUGAGAUGUUACGUUUACUAUAUAUUUUUCGGGCUUAUGCGCUCUCGCGUUGUUGUGUGUGUCGUCAUAGGUAGUAGAUUUCCUACCAAAAGAAGAAGGGUACUAGAAUUGUGUAGUUACUAGUGGUUUGAUGGAAAACUUCCAGUCGAGGUCCAGAGCGUGCCCUCCCGGUUUAAAAUAAAAAGGGACCCACACUGUUAGAAUUCUUGAAAAAAGUCAGACAUAUACUUGAAGUAUUGCAGCAUGUAUCUGCCAAGUUUGGUGCAAAAAGGAUUUACAUAUC